AGAGAGAGAGAGCGAGCAAUAGAAACAGAUUCUAUAGUUUAACUCUAUAUUGUUAUUAUGGUUAUAUUAUAGUAUAUUAUUAUUAUAGUUUAUUAUGCUUUUGGCAUUACGAAUGUCCAUAUUUGUGGUGCCAAUAAAUAAACCUCUGAAUCUUGAAUUGAGAGAGAGAGAGAGAGAGAGAGAGAGAGAGAGAGAGAGAGAGAUGCUAGCCAAUAGAUUGGAGGCUCUACCACUAGAAUAGAGAUGAGGCUCUGAUAAGAGUAACACACACACGCACACACGCACACAAUUCUCUCUCUCUCUCUCUCUCUCUUCCCAUCCUAUCCAUCACUUUUCCCUCCACACUCCAGCCGUAAGACUUUUCUCAGCUCUUCAGAGGGAUCACACGCGUGCCCGCCCGGCCGUUGCGCGUGACGGCAAGCCGUGACGGAGAGACAGGUUUGCGCGCGCACUCCCGGUAACCGGCGGGCCGUUUAACAUGAGCGCGUAGACCUGGACCCGAUCCCGAUUCUAAACCGAUGCAGGUUUAUCCGAUCAACUAGCAGGGAGGAGUUUGAUCAGUUUUAUCUGCGAAGAGAGAAGCGCGGCGCUGGAGGAGUGGAGCGACAUGGCGCGCGGGAUGAGCCCGGGAUCGCCCCUCACACUGCUCCUCAUUGUGCUCGCGUGCUCGGCUUUGCACGGCUCGCGCGCCUCGCAGUUCCCCACGUCGCUCAUCAUAAAAGAGUGGGUGGAUCAGAUGCAGCAGGAGCUGGUGACCCUUGCUGACACGGCUAGCGCAGGAAAAAGCCUAGUGGAGAUCUUUAUGAAAAAUCAGAAAUACUACACUGUGGAAACAAACUAUGCAGGAAGGCUGGUGGAUAAUGCAGCACGGAAUAUAGAGGACUUUUUAAAGAAGCGAGCGAAAGCCCUUGAGGCUUUGGCAACUGCUGCAGAAAACUUCCAGAUGGAGCAUCAGUGGACGGAAGAGUUUGACGAGAACGACAUAGUCUAUUAUAAUGCCAAGGACAAUCUGGAAACCAACGAAACAGAAGGAAGGAAAAACCGGAUUCGACCGGAAUUUAAAGAAGAUCCAGCCUUUAAAAACCGUCUCAUCUCCUACAACCACACGGCUGUGCACAUCCCUACAGACAUAUAUGACGGCUCUACAAUUGUUUUAAAUGAACUGAACUGGACCGAAGCACUGGAGGAGGUGUUUAAGAAAAACAGGGAGGAAGACCCGACGUUACUCUGGCAAGUGUUUGGCAGCGCUACAGGACUGGCUCGCUACUACCCUGCCUCUCCGUGGAAGGACGCCAGGAAAACACCCAGCAAAAUUGACCUAUAUGACGUCCGUCGCAGACCCUGGUAUGUUCAGGGUGCUGCCUCACCGAAGGACAUGCUCAUUCUGGUGGACGCGAGCGGGAGUGUGUCUGGAUUAACUCUUAAACUCAUCCGAACGUCCGUCAGUGAAAUGCUGGAGACUCUUUCGGAUGAUGACUAUGUCAAUGUCGUGAACUUUAACACAAAAGUGAACAACACAGCAUGUUUCGACCAUCUGGUCCAGGCCAACGUCCGCAAUAAGAAGAUCUUGAAAGAUGCAGUGCAGAACAUUACAGCUAAGGGCAUAACCAACUACACCAAAGGCUUUGAGUUUGCCUUCAAACAGCUCUCAGAUAGGAACGUGUCGAGAGCGAACUGCAACAAAAUCAUCAUGCUGUUUACUGAUGGUGGAGAGGAGAGAGCUCAAGAGAUCUUCAAACAGUACAACAAAAAUAAGGAGGUCCGCAUCUUCACCUUCUCUGUUGGCCAACACAAUUACGACACAGGACCUAUACAGUGGAUGGCUUGUGACAACAAAGGCUACUUCUAUGAAAUCCCUUCUAUUGGAGCGAUUCGCAUAAACACACAGGAGUAUUUGGACGUCCUGGGCAGACCCAUGGUCCUGGCUGAUGCUAAACAGGUGCAAUGGACCAACGUGUACCUGGAUGCUUUGGAGCUGGGUCUGGUCAUCACAGGCACUCUACCCGUCUUCAACAAAACGAAAUCCAAAGAAAACGGCUCACGCAUCCAGCAUGAGAACCAGCUUAUUCUAGGAGUCAUGGGUGUGGAUGUGUCUCUGGACGAUAUCAAAAGGCUGACACCACGCUUCACGAUCGGCCCUAAUGGAUAUUAUUUUGCAAUCGAUCCCAACGGCUAUGUGCUGCUCCAUCCGAACCUCCAGCCUAAGAGGAGGAUACACAAUCGUCACAUCAGAUUAAAUAACAAACAUGCAAUUACUUUCCAUGAGAAUCCCAAAUUUCAGGAGCCGGUCACUCUGGACUUCCUGGAUGCUGAGUUAGAAAAUGAUAUUAAAGUCGAGAUACGAACAAAGAUGAUCGACAGGGUCCCUGGUGAGCAGAAGAAGAUCGAAACCCUGGUGAAAUCUCAGGAUGAGAGGUACAUUGAUCGAGGAGUGAGAACUUACACAUGGGUGCCAGUCAAUGGCACAGACUACAGUUUGGCCUUGGUUUUGCCUGAGUACAACAUGCACUACAUCCAAGCAAACCUAGGGGACAUAGAGCAAGCCAUGUGGCACAAGGUCUCAGAUACUAUGCAGGUGGAGAAGUUUGAGGAUUAUGGCUACACGUUUAUAGCACCCAGAGAAUAUUGCCAGGACCUGAAACCCUCCACGAACAACAUUCAAUUCCUCAUGGAUGUCAACCAAUACAUCGACAAGAGAACACCCAAUGAUCCAAUGUGUAAUGUGACUUUGCUGAACAGGUUGUUACUGGACGCUGGUCUCACAGCUGAACUGGUCAAUCUCUGGAAAAAACAGAGUGUAGAAGGUGUGUUAGCCAGGUUUGUGGCUACAGAUGGGGGCAUUACACGGGUUUACCCUAAAAGUGCUGGAGAGGAUUGGACCGAGAAUACAGAGACCUUUGAUUCCAGUUUCUACAAACGGAGUUUAGACAAUGACAUUUACAUCUUCACUGCCCCUUAUGUCAACAAGAGCAGGGAGUCCAGCUAUGAAUCUGGCAUUCUGGUCAGUAAAGCUGUAGAACUGGACUUCAAUGGAGUCAAACUCAAACCAGCUGUGGUGGGAGUCAAACUUAAUGUAUCUGCCUGGAUGAACAGCUUCAUGAACGCCACCAUGAAGAUAAAUUGUAAGGACGAGAUCUGUGGCUGCCUCAGGAAUGAUAAGCACGUGGACUGUGUAAUCCUGGAUGAUGGAGGCUUCCUGCUCAUGUCCAAUCAGGAAGAAUACAUCACACAGAUAGGGCAGUUUUUUGGUGAAGUGGACCCCAUUCUGAUGGCCAGUCUGUUGAAUACAUCACUCUACGCGUUUAAUAAAACCUACGACUUUCAGUCAGUGUGUGACCCUGAGAAAGAACCAAAAGCUGCUGCUGGGCCACGAUCUGCCUAUGUGCCUACCGUAGCUGACAUGUUAAGUCUGGGCUGGUGGGCCUCCACUGCUGCAUGGUCAAUGCUUCAGCACUUUCUCCUCAGUCUCACUUUUCCGAGUUUUCUCCACGCAGAAGAGGAUGUUUCAGACGCUUACUCAAAAGAGAGCUGUAUAACGGAGCAGACUCAGUAUUUUUUUGAGAACGAUAACAGGUCUUUCCAAGGUGUUCUCGACUGUGGAAACUGUUCUAGAAUGUAUCGAGCUGAGAAGCUGCCAAGCACUAACCUGGUGUUUCUGAUUACUGAUGCCAAGAGCACCUGCCUCUCCUGUGACACCAAGCCAGUGAGACAGGCUGAGCAGCCUUCCACUGGUCCGGACCCAUGUAUACUGGCCCAUAACCCACGCUACAGGAAAGGCCCCGAUGUCUGCUUUGAUAACAACAUUAAUGAAAAACCUUUGUGCCCCAUCAGUGCUUCUUCUACCUUGGCUUCAUCUUCUUCCAUCCUUAUACUGAUGUUUCUCUUUUGUGUUUGAUGGAAGACGCGUCUGACUGUGGCGGUGGAUGUAGCUUGAUUCCUUCUCUCUGGCCAGUGCUAGUUCUUCAGCUGCUGCUCCUCUGGCUUCUCACUGGAACCGGCUGCUGCUCUUGACAAGCACACAGCCGCUGACUGCCCACCACUUAAUCACAGACUGUUCAUUACGCAAUUAACCGACACAUAUUUCACUUCCUAACCACCAUUCACGCAUGGACCAGAAACACAAACAACCACCACAUCUCACGGAAAUCUCUGCUGACUCAGUCUUGGUCAUGUUCAUGAGAAUACAUUCCUGAUACAAAAUCACAGAGCUUUUUACACACAUUCUUACACACACUGUGCAGUGUAAGACAUGACUGUGUUCCACAUGUCCACUCCCGGUUUUUUUCAGAAGAAAAGAUAAAAGACUUCUUUUUUUCAAAGAGCUACAUUUCACUUUAGCUUUUUAGUUUUUCUUUUUUUCAGAGCUAAUGAGGAAUCAGCGUUGGGACUCUAAUGCUUAAAUAGGGAAAGAUGGUCUCCCAGCAAAUGUAGCAGUCUUUUUAGUUCUUUUUUUUUGUUGUUGGGGGGGGUUUAAUUUAUUUUUCAUUUUUUCGCCUGUUACUGCUGCACUUAUUUGAGGCUUGAAGAAGAUUGGAUCACCAUUAACCGAGUGUUGAUUUGAGCACAUAAACAUGAUUUAAGAAUUGCGAGGUGCGACGUCAUGUGUCUAGGGUUGUUUUUAUGUAAUUCGCUCUCACAUCAAACGAAUGGUGAGGAUGAAGUAAUUAUUUGAAUGCCAUUCAAAGAAUCAUUAGAAAGGGGUUUAUUAUGGAAGAAGUCGGUGAUCUCGCCCCACCGGGCCCUAACUCAAAUACUGUAUUCUGCGUUUGGCCUGCUGACCUUUCUGUUUUUUAUUAUCCGCCAUACAGAUACUUGAUCUACUAGAAUUUCUUCCAGUUUGAGUUCUAUGCCAUGAUAUCACACAGAUGUCUAUCACUGAGACACCGCAUGAAAUGCUUUAUUUAUGUUAAACGGAGCACAUGCCAAAUUACAAACGUUCUUUAUUCGUUACUACUUAUCCAUAAGAGACAUUUCUUUUUUUUCUCCUGAAGAAAUGAUCAGUGAAGAAACCUUUAGGCAUGUAUUUGUUUUCUUAUCUUUCCCUGGCCUUACCUAAAUACUACAGCUACCAUUAAAUAUCACUUCUUAUUUAAAAGAAAGCUUAAUGAUUGACUGUUGAAGCUCUGCCAGUCCUGAAUAGAGGAAAUAAGACUGCCAGCAUCAGCAUACGCUGAGUCUUUUAUAACCUUUCCUAUUGUAUCCACAAAUACAAGCACAUGACUUUAGUGAGAUUCUCUAAUGGCUGUUUUUAACCCCGUUUAUUUGGAUUAGACACGUUUGUUGAGGCUGUGGUGAAAACUGUGGUUUUGUCACACUAAUCAAGUCAAACAAUGCUGAGUGUUUCAGGUGAAAAGUUCAUGUGUCAGCUCGGUUGCCAAACGCACGUGAAAUACAGCAUAUUGGACUAUAUAUUUUUUGUAGCCAAGUGGAAGCAGGAUCAUUUUCAUGAGUGUCGACUGUAUUCCAUAAAGUUAUUUACAAAUGCAGUCGUUUUAUGAACCUCUGAAAGAUCUUUAUUUCUGGAUUUGUCACCUUGGACCUGCGAUAAAGAUGGUGAGAUACGUCCAACUGUAUGUAUAUAGACUAAUCUUAAUGAAGUGUACAUGUAUAUGGGGACUGUGUAUGUUUGCGUUGUUUUCCCGUGUGCAGUGGAAAAAAAAAAGUUUAAAAAAGAUACAAAAUCCAGGAACCACAAUAUAGACACUAUUAAUUAAAACUGCAUUCUUUUGGCAGUGUUUAUAAGUUUACGUAUAUUACAGUAGCUGCAAAGCAAAAUUGCACAGUAAAGUAUUAAAAGGAUGCUGAUGAGGAAGCAUAGUAUAAGAUUGGAACUUUCCAGUAGUUUUAUUCCUGAGAUUCUGCAUAUUUCAAUGUUCUAAAAGUGCAGAUUUACUUUCAAAUAUCUCGUAUUUCAACACUUAAUUUUCAGUAAUAAACUUCCACUUUACAUAAGAGGAUUUGAUAAAUGAACUGUCGGACAUGUUCCCUCUGUUAUAGAGUACAUCCACAUUAAACUCUCUCUCUCUUCUCUCUCCUGACUUCAGCGGUACUGUGUAACACUGAGAACUUGCAUGUAUCAUUAAAAUAGGCAUUUACAGAAGCAUUCAAGCCUCCUUAUGUAAAGAAGGGGCAGUAAGAGUCUAGUAUGUGUGUGCCUGUAUGUAUGUAUGUAUGUAUGUGUGUGUGUAUGGGUGUGUGUGUGUGUGUGUGUGUGCACGUAUGUGUUCUCCAAAUGCUGCUCUCAGCUGCUGUGUCGUCCUGUUGGGCUGCUGUGUGUCCGUGUUCAUGAACGUACUGCCGGUGCUGAUUGCUCGAUGUGCCAGGAGAAGAUACCGCUUUCCUUUCUAGAGUGUUUUUGAAGUCGCUCUUGUUUGCUGAUGGGGGUGUGGCCUGUGCAUUUGUAGCCCCGCCUCUUUUCAGGUUGUGCUCUCAAAAUCCUUCUCUCUCUCUUUAUUAUUCUUUUUUGUGGAACUUGAAGCCUGAAAACAUUUUUUGUAUACAUUUGUACCAUGUUAUUAAAGAAGAAGACAAAUGAGGAAAAAAAUUGUUUGUAUUGAAUUCAAAUGUGUCAAUUCUUGUGCAGAUAUAUUCACAAUAAAAAGGUCUAUUGUUAUUAAA